AUGGCGUCUACAUCAGUUCCGGAGAACUACUACGUCGCUCCCGUUGGAGAAACUCAAAUGGUGAUCUUGAAGCGAUAUGAAAACCUUCGGCUAAUCGGUUCUGGAGCACAAGGCAUUGUUUGCUCUGCUACGGAUACAGUUACUAACAGGCCAGUUGCUAUUAAAAAGUUGUCUCGACCCUUCCAAAAUGUUACCCAUGCCAAAAGAGCCUACAGAGAAUUUAUCCUCAUGAACCUUGUUAACCAUAAAAACAUUAUUGGUUUGUUGAAUGCGUUUUCUCCACAGAGAGAUGUGGAGGAGUUUAGUGAUCUUUAUAUUGUUAUGGAGCUCAUGGAUGCCAAUUUGUGUCAGGUCAUACAAAUGGAUCUGGAUCACGAGCGGUUGUCCUAUUUGUUAUACCAAAUGUUGUGCGGAAUCAAACAUCUUCAUAGCGCGGGAAUUAUUCAUAGAGAUUUAAAACCGUCAAACAUUGUUGUUAAAAGCGAUUGCACACUCAAAAUACUGGACUUUGGGCUAGCCCGAACUGCUGUUGAAGCUUUUAUGAUGACUCCCUAUGUCGUCACUCGUUACUACCGUGCUCCUGAGGUCAUUCUGGGAAUGGGAUAUGGCGAGAAUGGUGUGUCUAUAUGGGUACGUUGUUCAUAUUUCCACCUUGAUGUUUGGUCUGUCGGCUGUAUAUUUGGGGAAUUGGUCAGGGGUCGAGUGUUAUUCCCCGGUGCUGACCAUAUAGAUCAAUGGACAAGGAUUAUUGAGUUAUUAGGGACACCAGACCCACAGUUCCUAAGUCGGCUGCAGACGACUGUGCGGAAUUAUGUAGAAAAUCGACCCAGAUAUCAAGCAGUGCCUUUCGAAACAUUGUUUGCCGAUAAUAUGUUUCCUCCUAGUGCUGAUAAUGCACGUCUGACAGCUUCCAAAGCGAGGGAUCUUCUUUCUCGAAUGCUAGUGAUCGAUCCCGAAAAGAGAAUAUCUGUCGACGACGCACUAUCCCAUGAAUAUGUUAAUGUAUGGUACGAUGAAUCUGAAGUAAGUCGAAGUUCCUGUUGUCUUUUAGAAUUUUUUGGCCGACAUUUCUUCACAAUUGAACUGGCAGCUCUCUAA